UACCUUUGUGGGGUAGGGAGGCUGUUUUCGAUAGAGACCCUUGGCUAAAAAGGAAUGUUAUCAAAGCAGGAAUCACAUCAAAAUUUGAAAUCUCAAAAGUCCAGUGGAUUAAGCUAUAUUGAAAUAGAACGGAACAUUUUGCAAUGUCCCCAAAUAGGAAUUUUGUCAUAUAAAUUGCAACUGAGACAGUAAUUGAUUAUGUAACAAUUUUUUGUUUUAGGCACGCCAUGAUGUCAGGAUUGAUGCAGUCUUCUCAGUUUCAUCGAGGGAAUUUCCAUGGACAGUCUUUUCAGGGAUGCAGGCAAUGGGAAACUGGGAAUAAUGGGAUUUCUCAAUUUGAGCUCUCAACUGAGAGUGCAUCAGGCCCUUGCAUAUGCCCAACAAAGGAUGAACAAAGGUCAACUAAGGAAGAGGUUGUCUCAGCAAACUUCCCUCAUCAUCAGUCAGAAGAGUUAUCGCAAACUGCACAGCCGCCACAACAGCAAUUGGGGCAUCCCCAGAUGCAUCAGAAUCAGCAGCUCCAACAGCAACAACAACAACAACAACCUCAGCAGGUUUUGCAUCAGCAGCAAUCUUCUCCAGCAAUGGAUUUCCCUAGUGACCACAAUUCUCUGAGUUUGACUGGAUCAGAACCAGAUGCCACUGGAUCUGGGACAACGACUCCUGGGAGUAGUUCAAGCCAAGGGACUGAAGCAAGCAAUCAGUUUCUUGGGAAGAGAAAGAUUCAGGAUUUAGUUUCACAGGUGGAUCCACAGGGAAAAGUUGAUCCUGAAGUUGAACAGCUUCUUUUAGAGAUCGCUGAUGACUUUAUUGAUUCAGUUACUACUUUUGCUUGCAAUUUGGCAAAGCAUCGGAAAUCUUCGACUCUGGAGUCCAAAGAUAUAUUGUUACAUUUAGAGAAAGAUUGGAAUUUGACUGUUCCAGGUUUUUCAAGUGAAGAUAAGAAACACCAUCCUGAACAUUCAUCAGGUGAUCUCUGCAAAGAGCGUUUGGAAAUGAUACCUGCCAUGAUGGAGGCUUCACCACAAGCUGAAACAAGUACAAGCAGCAGCGCUAAGGAGACCGUCAGUCCAGGGCUGGGUGACCUGGUUGGUUCGACUGACAUAAUCGGACCACCAAGUUCAGAGGAAUUGGCUUCACCAUCUAAUGGUGAAAUAUAGUUCAACUAUAACAAGAUGUGAUAUCCCCUGGAGAUUGGUAUACCCCUUGCUUUACUGUAAUAAAACCUUGUUCAACUAUAGUUUGCUUGUCGACUGAUGAACGUAAACAUAAGUCUGCUGUGAAUUUUCA